UCCCUAAUUUAAAAUCCACAAAUCAUUCUCAUCUUAUAACCUUCAUAUAUAUAACAAAACAAAGUUUUAACAGGUGAGAAACUACACAAAGCAAUGGCUCAUGCCUUAGUCAAGAUCCUUCUUCUUAUAACCAUUUUCGCGCUACUUAAAUCAGACGCGCAAUUUGAGGAUUGGUGCAUAGCCGAUGAGCAAACCCCGGAUGACGAAUUGCAAAGGGCAAUGGUUUGGGCGUGUGAAAAUGGUGCAGAUUGUAGCAAGAUUGAAGCAAAUCAGCCUUGUUUUGAACCAAACACAGUUAAGGAUCAUGCUUCUUUUGCAUUCAAUAGCUAUUUUCAAAGGAUGAAAGACAAAGGAGCUACUUGCUAUUUCAAUUCUGCUGCUUAUGUCACUGAUCUUGAUCCAAGUCAUGGUUCAUGCAAAUUUGAAAUUCACGGAUGAAGGUGGAGCGGGGACAUUAAGAUUUGAUAAUUUGUUGGUUAAAGACAUAAUACGAUAUCAUCAUACUCCAUGUUGGUUAAAGACAUAAUAUGAUAUCAUCAUACUCUAUGUUAUAUUAUCUUUUCUAUAUAAUCCAAAAUAAUAUAUUUUCUUUUUUUAUUUGAUUU